UUGUCUUGGUUUGGGAAGGCGUUUGGGUUGAAUGUGACUGUUCUCAGCACUAGCAUAUCCAAGAAAGAGGAAGCUCUAACUUUGCUUGGUGCAGACAAAUUUGUGGUCUCAUCUGACCAAGAGCAGAUGAAGGCCGAGGCUAAGUCAUUAGACUUUAUAAUUGACACAGCAGCCGGUGAUCACCCAUUUGAUCCAUACAUGUCACUGUUGAAAACUGGUGGCGUUCUAGCCCUAGUGGGAUUCCCAAGUGAAGUCAAAUUCCAUCCUGCAAGCCUUAACAUAGGAAUGAAAACCGUUUCUGGUAGCAUUACAGGUGGUACAAAGUUGACACGAGAAAUGAUAGACUUCUGUGCUGCUCAUAAAGUUUACCCAAACAUAGAAAUAAUUCCAAUUCACUAUGCAAAUGAAGCUCUUGAGAGGCUAAUAAAAAGAGAUGUGAGGUAUCGGUUUGUGAUCGAUAUUGAGAACUCCCUGAAAUGAUAUUGCUAAAGACACAAAGAAAGUUCCUCUUCUGGAUAGGUAUGUUCAUAUAUUAGGUACAGUGAAGGUAUUGGAUCAAAUGUUGAAACUCAAAAGCAUAAAGUUAUUGGCUCUUCGUUGUUGGAUGGUGAGCAUUUACUUGUAUAAAAGCGUCUGGUGUUGAUCUUCUGCAUCAUGCAAGUGGUCAACUAGCUUGAAAUAAGUGAAUUGGUUGUUGAGUGGUAUUGUGAGGAAUGGUUUUACUUGCAUACUAGCCUGAAAUAAGUGAAUGGAUUGUUGAGCAAUUUUAUGAGGAGUGGUUUAAUAAAAAUCAAAAGUGUGAACCCUUUUGUAUCA